AUGCGUUCUCGCUCACAGUCAUUUGGACGCUUUAAUCAGAAAGUAAACAUGGCCACGGUUGAGUCUAUGGUUGUUGAAGAGCAAAGAGAACCGGAAAAGCCGGUUGAUAGAGAAAAGACCUGUCCCCUUCUUCUAAGAGUCUUCAACAAUCUAGGACGCCAUAAUCCAAUGAGUGACUACCACAGGGGACAGACUCCAGCAAAUGAACUUCAGAUCUAUACAUGGCUAGAUGCAACCCUGAAAGAGUUGACAAGUCUGGUCAAGGAGGUCAACCCAGAGGCCAGGAGGAAAGGAACAUUCUUUGAUUUUGCCAUUGUGUAUCCUGAUCCCAGGGCACCAGUUUACAGACUGCGGGAGAUCGGAACCACCUGUGCCGGUCACCGCGGCCAAGAUGAUGGAAUUAGCCUCGCCAGUAAAAAGUUUGUCAUCGGAGAUUUCCUGGACAUUGCCAUCACUCCACCCAGAAAUGACAGACCAAAUCCAAGGAGAAACAGACCACCAUAUUGAGUGAAUGAUGUUUUGUAAAAAAUGAAUCUUUGUGAAAGGAUGUUUUGUAACUGAUAGAUAUGAAAUACUAGUAUGGAGUUUAUGAGAUUUCAGGGUACUUUUUAAUUUUUUUCACCAUUCACAAUCUCAUGAGAAAUGUGUUCAUUUCAACCAUCAUUUUAAUAGCAACCUGCAGCAAUUCUUGGAGAAUAAGUCUCUCCUUUGAAAUAAAGUCUCAAAAAUCCUU